CGCGGUGCACGCACUACAACUUCAGUAAGGGCAUGCAUGGUGCAUAGCGGAGUUUCGUCGUCCUGCAGUCGCGUGCAGCGUUGCUCUCGCAGCUUGCCUCAUCUGUAGUCAUUUCCCCAUUCUCCGCCAACGAUGAACGUCCCUGAUGUGCAGCGUUUGUCGAAUGCAAGUUUGCCAACCAAGGCCGACGACUUCCAUGAACUGAAGACCCCCGACCUCCGAGAACUCGAAGAUGGUGCCAUUCGUCCAGGAGGCCCACCAAACAUUUACAGCUGGAGCAACAUCGGUCUGAUGGCGCAGUAUGCUGCCGUGGGUGUCGUCUAUGGUACCAUGUACAGCGUCAUCUACCCUUUCUUGACCAACUACCUUCGAAUGUCCGGAAAUGAGACCACGUCCGCCAGUGUUUUGAUCACGCUGCCCUACACCCUGAAAGUUUUUAUCGGUAUCGUGACCGAUUGCUACCCGAUCUUCGGCUUCCGACGUCGACCGUACAUGCUUCUAGGCUGGGCCGUGUGCUUCGUUUCGCUGAUUGUAAUGACCGUCAUGCCUAUCGGUGAUCCGUACUACCCAGACUCCAGUUGGGCAACCUUGACGACUCUUACAGCUGAGCAAACGGCACAGCUCAACACUGACGCGCAGCACUCGGGUGUCAAAUACAUUUUCCUCAUGGUCAUCGCCAACUUGGGUAGCGUUGUGGCCUUCACGGCUUCGGACGGCAUCCUUGUGGAACUCGCUCAACGCGAGCCUUUAAAAACUCGUGGUGCAUUGCAAGCCAUAGUGUACGCUGUACAGUACUCGUUCCAGAUCAUAUCGCAAGCGAUGGUUGGUUUCGGACUCAACGGUGCUGACUACGGUGGCACCUUUUCCGGUUCCAUGGGGUUCAACGCCGUCAUGGGCGUCUGCGCUGCCUUCUCGCUGGUUGUGAUGCCUUUUUCGUGGUUCUGUAUCACCGAAGAGAAGACCCACCGACGCUCGGCUAGGAAAUACCUCUACGCAUUGUACGAACUCAUCCAACAGCGAGUAGUGUACCAAAUCGUCAUCUUCCGUUUCUGCCGUAACGUGUUCUCAUACGUGUCCGUGACGGCGUCAUAUCUCAUUCAAAGCUACUGGUUGACAGUGACUCCAGUGAACAGUAGCGUGGCUUCUAUCAUCGGCUUGAUCGUGUCGGCUGGCUCGCUGUAUCUGACCAAACAGUUUGGACUCAACUGGAAUUGGCGAUACAUGAUCGCCAUCUCUCAGAUCGCAGUGAUCAUCAUCGAUGCCUUCCCCACUUUCUUCACUAUUUGGGACGUCUACCGUAGCCAAUGGUUCUGGCUUGGGGUUCCGCUUGUGGAGAAUUUCCCGAAUGCGAUAGGAACAAUCGUCGCGACGUUCGCAGUACUGGAGAUCAUUGAGGAGGGCAACGAAGCCACAGUGUACGGUCUUAUUACCGCCGUAUCAACGCUGGCUUCUCCAUUCGCUAGUGUCAUCACCAAGAGCAUUGACGGCCACUUCGAUGUUGAAACGGAGUACAUUCGACUGGACAAUUCGUACGUCCGCUCGCAGGUCACGUACACGUAUCUGAUCGCCUACGCUUUCAAGCUAUUCUCGCUCGUGUUCCUGGUGUUGCUACCCAAGCAGAAGAUUGAGACGCAGGAGCUCAAGCGAACUGGAGGCAAGAACAAGUGGAUUGGCAUCGGUACCAUCAUUGUCGUGGCAUUUUCACUGAUUUGGUCCGUUAUGACCAACCUCAUGACGAUGUUCGACAGCACGUCCUGCCUCCGUAUUGCAGGUGGAACCGGUUGCUAGAUUUGAAUAGGUUACAGGAAAAAAAGAAAGAGGUUGUGCAUAAUUGCUUAAUCCAGUUUAUCAUGAGCUGGAUUUGGUAGCGAUA